AAGGGUGAACAUCGGUGGGGUGUGUUUGUGAUUGUUUGCGCCCCACCAGUGUGUGUGGCGAGUUUUGUGUGUUAGUGUUCGACCAUCUUUAAAAAGCUCUGUGUCUGGCUGAAUAGAAGGAAGUGGCUCUGACUUCCCCAGGAAAUGGGAAGAGGAAACCCGGGGGCUUCGACCUCUCUGGCUGCGCUAGAGCCGCAAGACGACGAGCUGGAGAGAAAGAGAGGGAGAAGGGGAAGGAGGGAAGGGUGGAGGGCAGACAGAAAGAGAGAUACUGACUCUCAUUGUGCUCUCGUCUAGAAGUAGCAGAGAGGAAAGGAAGAAGUCAGGACUACACAAAAAGACAGAAAACAUACUUGGUCGAGUUUUGUUUUCAGAGAUGAAGUUUCUCCUUGGAGCUCUGACUGCUCUGCUCUGCUGCCCGUCGUCCUCAGCACAAACUCUGGAUCCUGCUGGGAAGAACGUCUGCCCGGAUACGAGGGAUCCCUCCAAACUGGUCUGUUGCACUGGAUGGCAUCAAAAUGGAAAAGAGUGCACUAUAGCUGUAUGUGAGGGUGAGCAGGCCUGUUUAAAGAAUGAGAUCUGUGUAUAUCCUGGAGUGUGUCGCUGCCCACCUGGCUACUACGGCGCUCAGUGUAAAACACACUGUCCUCUUGAGUUCUGGGCUUCAGACUGUCGCCAGGUGUGCCAGUGUUACCCGCAUGGCCGCUGUCAUCCCGCCACAGGUGAGUGCACCUGCAACGCCAACCGCUGGGGUCCAUUGUGCCAGAACACCUGCAAGUGCGCCCGCCACGGCCGCUGCCACCCCAUCCACGGAAACUGCACCUGCGAAGAAGGCUGGUGGAUGUCGAGCUGCACCAAGCCGUGUCAGUGCAGCAACCUGCGCUCCGUAGGCCCCGGCUGUGAGCAGCUGACGGGCCGGUGUCAGUGCCACAAGAGCCACUGGGGGCUGAAAUGUCUGGUCCCCUGCAACUGCAACCAGUCGCCGUGUAAUCAGCGGACUGGAGUGUGUGAGUGUGAGCCAGGCUCGUGGGGACCCAGCUGUGAGCGCAGAUGUGAAUGUGACCCCACGCACAGCAGCUGUGACCCGGCCACAGGGCAGUGCCUGUGCCACCCGGGAUACCAGGGAGUCUUCUGCAACCAGCGCUGUGAAGAUGGGACGUAUGGCAGCGGCUGUAAAAUGAGGUGUGGUUACUGCAAAGACAACCAGGUGUGCUCUGCGACUGAUGGUGUGUGUGCUGCCUGUGAGCCCGGCUGGAAUGGUACAAGAUGUGACCGUCCGUGUCCGUUCGGUUAUUAUGGUGACGGCUGCAAGGAAAAGUGUCCACGUUGCAGGAAUAAUGCAGCUUGUGACCCAUCAACGGGGACAUGUUGGAGCUGUGAUCCUGGAUGGACUGGACCAAGGUGUGAGGAUGCAUGCCCUGACAGGACGUUUGGAGACGCCUGCAGCUUCCUGUGUGGCCCGUGUUACCAUGGUAACUGCCAUCAUGUGACAGGAAGAUGUGUGUGUCAGCCAGGCUUUCAGGGUGAGAGCUGCAACAGUAGCUGUCCUGCCCUGCAGUUCGGUCUCAACUGUUCCUCCGCCUGUGACUGUGGUGAGGGGGUCGGCUGCCACCCAGCAACCGGAGGAUGCCCCAACAGUGGUCGAGGUGCUGUACUUGCAGGUGUGCUGGUUCCUUUAUUCCUGCUGCUCCUUGCUGUGCUCUGCUGCUGUUUGUGUUGUGGUGGAGCUCCUGUUGAUGGCAAAGACAGGGCCGCUGUGGCUGAAGGUGGCUUGUCAGUUCGGAUGAAAUAUCACGUCUACAGCGUCUUGGCAAACAUCGGUGCUUCCCUCCCCUGCAUCUCUGACUGGUCCUCUGGUCUGCCUCGAGUCACUGUGUCUCACCACGACCCAGAGCUGACGUUCAACCACAGCUUCAUUGAGCCUCCUUCCUCCGGCUGGGUGACCGAGGGCUCGUCCUUCGACAGUGAUGAAGAAGAGGGAGAAGCUCUGUACUGUGUCCCUCCCAGAGAAGACAUCCCUGCUGUGGCGGGUGGUGAGUUCCAGGAGAUGAGCUCAAAGUGUAACAUGUUCUUGGACCCCUCAGGCUUCAGCAGUGAAGACAUCACCUCCCCCUUCAACAUCCCUCGCACCUCCAGCAUCGCCAAAGCCAAGCGGCCGUCUGUCUCGUUUGCAGAGGGAACCCGCUUCAGUCCUAAAGAGAGGCGUGGCUCUGCUCAGGACCCCGGCGGCCUCCCACGCAGCAAACCCAAGUCACCCUGGGGAGUUUUGAUGCUGUCAGCCCUCCAAAGUCAGGGAAGAGCGGGGGAGGAGGAUGGAGAUGAGGGUGAGGAGAGGGAGGAUGAGCUGGAUGAGCAGGUGACCGAGAAUCGGGAGACAAGCUGUGAGGUGACAGACCAGGCUGGAGACAGAACUCCAUCUCGGGCUACACUGCAGGUUCCUGCUGCAUCAGGAAGAAGACGGACUAUGUCCAACACUGCUGCUCUUAAAGGGAACCAGCCGCCAACAUCUGCUUCGGAUGCUCAGGCGGGAGUCUCACAUAAAGUCACCACAGUGUACGUGACGGUGGGUAAGGCAGGUCGGCCAGUAACGAAGGCAGAGCCGAGCUCAGAAGGCCCCGUUCAGGCCAUGUUGAGAAGACUCGGCAGCCUCCAGAGACAGAGGGAGCAGGAUUCUGGCAAACCCAAAGUAAAGGCAGCUGAAGGCGUCACCAAACCUCCCAGGAGGAAGCUGGGAGCUCGGGCAAGUGUGUGGGAGCAGGGAGGGCCCUCUGGAGGGGAGGCUGGUGUGUCUAAACCAAUCAGGAGGAAGCACGCCUCCCACAACUCCACUGAUACGUCUAAUAAUGACACUCCACCAGCAGAGAGCGCCACUUCAAAACGCCCACUCUCAUCUAUUUUAAAGAGCGUGCAGGAGGUGGCCUCAGCUGACUCGGGGUCAAAUGUGAGGGCUGAAGUUAACACGGGGCAGAGCAGUGACCCGAGUGCAGGACAAACUGAGAGCGACUACCUGACUGUGGGACCGGCAGGAGACACUGUGAGUCUCACUGAGGUCAUCGCCAACGAGGGAGCAGUGGUGAACGAUGAACCCUGCUAUGAAAACGUCCUGAUUAAACACUCAUAACCUCUGUGAAACUGUGUCAGCAGGUCUGUAGAAGUAUAACUACAUAUUUAAUAUCCCACAGUUAUAGAUUUACAGGCACAAGGGUGGAAAACUUCUCAGAUGAAUAAGUCAAUUACAGCUCUUUGAAUUGUAUUUUUUUGUUACACAGUUCUAUCCAAAGCACAUCUCACAUUAUUACAUUAUUGUAGGAUUUGGGAAAAAUAACUUCACCUUUAGACUUAGUUCUACACAAUAAAGAUGAAACUGUUACUCAUAUUGGAUUUUCAGGGUAAAAUAUACGUAGUUCAGGGAAACACCAGAUGGCAGAUGUGGCAUUUGGGUAAUUUCCAGUAACAGGAAGACCACUAGUUGCAUUGCUUUCAUUUACUUCAGUGGCUAAUGCUGUACACAUACAAGUACUGUAAUAUGUUUUUGAGUCAGAAAGCAUAAAAAGACUUAAAUACUGGAGGUUUGUGGGGGAAAAAAAACUGUUUUAUUCAUCAUGUGACAAAGACAUCCUUACAGCUUGAAAAAGUGUUGGAUCAGGGUGUGAUGAACUGUACUGAAUAGAUACAAAUGUAGGCGUGAGAAAAAGAUCUGAGCCGCUUCUGUGCUGAUUGAUAUUUUAUUAGUCAUUAAUGAAACACAAGAACAGACUGUACCAGACUGUGAACUCAUCAGGGUUGCUCUGUCGCUGUGUAUUAUAGAUUUACUUAUUUCUGUUGUAUUAGUCAGUAGAAGCCAGAAAACUGAAAAAGUAAAAAAAUGUUCUCAUAUUUGUCAAAGUGUCCUCGAGCAGACAACCAGCUGUCACAGCACUCUGACCUGAUAAUGUUGAGAGAAAAAACAUUACUGCGUUUGUAUUUUUUUUUCUUAAUUGUUACCAUGCAACAUUUUUAUGUAUAUAACCUCCAUAAAUCUGUCUUAUCUUCUGUAUAUAUGUUUAUGGUGAAAAAUGAGAAAAUAAACAUGUUACAUUUUGUAGAUACAUUGGAAAACAUCUGUGAUUAUGACACUGGUAGCUAAGGAAUGGGAAGCAGUAUUAGCAAUAGUAAAAUGUAAAACCUACACCUUUUUUUUAGCCCAAGAUUUAACUGUUGCUUUCAUGCUGCUGAAGUUCUGGGGUCACACCUCUGCAAUGUCUAGUUGAGCAAGUUGAGCUAGUUUCCUCUAUCUCUGGGUUUCAUAAAGUCGGCUUACACUGAGAACAGAUGAGAUAACUACAGAAAAUCAGCUCACUGAACUUUGACCAGGAGCACUCUGUGGACUUUGACUGAUCUCCAAUAUUUGCUGAAGUCAAUGAGCAGCUAGUUAUUGUAUGAACACAUUUGACACACUUUUUUUGACCCCCAAUG